CUCGCUGCCUCGCGUGUGCCGCGUCCUCAGACAUUUUGCUCGCGAAAUGCCAUCAUGUCUCGCCUCUCUCUCUUCCGGCCGCGGAGCCUGGUUGUCCUUGCGUGGCUCUCAACCGCCGUGCUCGUCCUGAUCGCAGCGAGUUCCGCCUACGGACGCAACGCGCGACCGUCUGAUCCAUUUAUUCCCGCCAGUGUCGCGAAUCACGGCGCCUCUCGCCCUUCCGGGACCUGUCCGCCGGCCUCCUCCUCCACGCCGGCCGCGAACAGACCGGGUCUUGCGCCGGCCUUGUCUCCCGCAGAGCUCCUGUGCCGUCCGGCCGCGAACCAAGCUAUCGUCCCGAAGCUGUUCCACCAGAGCUGGAAAACGACGCAGCUUCCCGCCAAGUUCCAGCGAUGGAGCGAUUCGUGUCGCGAGAAGCAUCCCGAUUGGGAGUGGGUGCUCUGGACGGAUGAGGACAACCUCCGCCUGGUCAAGGAGCAUUUUCCCUGGCUGUUGGAUACCUACUUGAACUUGCCCGGAAGCAUUUACAGAGCCGACCUGGCGAGGAACCUCUACAUGUAUCAAUUUGGCGGGGUCUACGCCGAUCUCGACACCGAGUGUCUCCGUUCCACCGUCGAUGGCCUCGAGGAUUACAGUAUACCUUUCUCCAAUGGAGUCAACGACACCUCCACCGGUACCGAAGACGCGACCAAGAUUGCCCUUUUCGGACGGAUGGGCACCGACCAGACGUACGAACAGUCCAUACCCAACGCUUGGAUGGCGGCAUCACCAGGACAUCCAUUCUUCCUGCGCGCUCUCGAAUUCGCACACGCCGAGCUUGAGAAGAGCAAGAGCUUCCUCCGCAAUUUCUGGCACAAGACCCCUAAUGCCGAGCACAUGACGGGACCGAUCGCGUUGCGCAAGACGAUUAUCGCCUACGGCGCUUCGAGCGAAGAAGACGAAAUCGUCUUGCUGCCCGGGCGUUUGGUGUACCCAUACAAUUGGAAAGAGCAUCACGAGUUUCUUGCCGUGUGUUCUGCGGAGCAAGCAACGUUUGAUGACGCGGUGUGCAAGGAGAAGCUCGAGGUGGUGAAGAAGAAGAGUAUUUCCAUCACGUAUUGGAGUCACACUCACAAGGGACAAGGGUCGGACGCGCACAACAUUGGACUUAUUAGCUCGGAUAAAUAGGGAACCGGAAUAUAUACCAUAGGCGUUUUUGUAGCAUUAAAAUUAGCAUGUUUCUCUCGGGAUUAUUACGCGUGAUUGUUUCGGCAAAGUUCUUUGCCUGUCUGUGUCUAGGGUAGCCUUGUCUGUAUUUCCAGCACAGGAAUUAAUCCGCCUCAUAUUACAAAUUCCAGACCAUGUAAGGAAUUCCGG